GUAUUCCUCUUUCAAGUGCAAAAAUUUUAUGAUAAGGAAAUGUCAAUUUUUUUGGCAUUUAAACGAAACGAACGAAAGUAUCAAUUUUCUGUCACAUAGUUCACACUGCAAAAAGGAAAAAAUCGCAAUUCUUUUCGGGGUGUGACGAUCAAUUUUCAACAACUUUUUCCCCAAUUAACGUGUCCACUACUGGGCAAGUAAUUAUCCUAAAAAAAGAUGAAAAACGUUAAGUGAAAUAAAGCCUCUGAGUGAACUAUAUAAUCAAGUGCGCAUAUGAGUAGCAUCCAGUCAAACUAUUGAAUUCCCAACCGAGAAGAAAGUUCGUUUCAAGGUCAGCUGUAAAGGGCGAAGGAAUGGCUGGUGACCUGACAGGAUGUGCGGCUCUUAAGAAAUCAAAGUCCAAAGGCAACGAUAAGGACAAUACUAAUAAGCGCGAGAAUGGCGAUUCCUCAAGCAAACCUACCACUGUUAUGCAGACAACUCGGGGAGGUCUACGGGUUUAUAAAAUAGUGAUUCUAGGCGAUGGAGGUGUGGGAAAAUCUGCUGUAACAUUGCAGUUCGUUAGCCACAGUUUUCUCGACUAUCAUGACCCUACUAUUGAGGAUUCAUAUCAACAACAAGCUGUGAUCGAUGGCGAAGCAGCUUUGUUAGAUAUACUUGACACUGCCGGUCAGGUCGAAUUUACUGCAAUGCGCGAUCAAUAUAUGCGAUGUGGUGAAGGCUUUAUAAUAUGCUAUUCCGUAACUGAUCGCCAUAGUUUUCAAGAAGCAUCGGAGUAUAGGAAACUCAUAACACGUGUCCGGCUAUCAGAAGAUAUUCCUCUCGUUCUCAUUGCCAACAAAUUAGAUUUGGAGAUGCAUAGAAAAGUAUCAACGGAAGAGGGUAGAAACCUAGCCUCACAGUUUGGUUGUCCAUUCUAUGAGACGUCUGCUGCUCUUCGGCAUUACAUAGAUGAUGCUUUUUACAGUCUUGUAAGAGAAAUUCGUCGAAAGGAACAACAAAAAGCUCUUGGAAACGGUUCAAGUUCUGAAAAAAUAAACUCUCGUAGAAGAAGUCGCUGGUGGAGGAUACGAUCAAUUUUCGCUUUAGUUUUUCGCAGACGAAGAAACUUAAACUAAUCCCUUCAAUUUAAUUCAAAAUAUUUCGUCUAUCUGUAGAAUAUCAGUUUUUAUUUUUGUUUAAAUCAAAAUCGUCUACCCAAACAUUCAAGACCCGUAAAGUACGUAAAAUCGCUUUAAUAAAAGGAGGAAUAAGACCUUCGUAACUCUUAAACCUUCUUAAUCCUACUAUAACAUUAUAUAUAAAGGCUUACACAAAGCUAUGUGUAUGCACAUAAUUUGUUCGAUAGGUUUUGAGCCUUCAGGACACGCACAAAAUCGAAAGUUAUAUCAUAUCCCACAAUUAGCAAAGGAAACUAUACCAAAAAAUCUUAAACCUUAAGUUAAAAUGUAUGUAUUGAAAUUAAUGUUAUGUGUAAUUAUUGUUUUUUUUUGUUUAAGUGUAUAUUUUUGUUAAGAAUUAAAUUUAAUUAGAUUUAAACUACGUUUUAUGUAUUUGUUUUGUUUUGUUCAUGUUGCAUUUAUUUUUGCAAAUAUUUUAAUUUGAAUAAAUAAAAAAAAACAAAUCCUUAGAUCAGACAUAUCCAGUCGAUGUUAAGGCGUCAGGCUUCACCAAAUAGCAAUAUUGGUCAAAAUCAGAAAACAAAUAAAUUAAAACAACAGUUUUACUUACAAAUUAUAUAUUUUCAAAGCACACUCACUCUAAUAGUUAAAACAAACAAAAAAACAAAGAAAAUAAGUUAAAGCAACGCGAAAAACAGAUUUUUUCUUAUAAUACCUACCAAACCAUCUGUGAUUUUAAUUAAGUACCUUUUUAGGUGGAUACAAUUUAAGAAAACAAAAUAAUAGCACAAUACAAAGUAUAUACCUACAUUUAAAAAAUAUAUUACAUAAUAUGUAUGUACAUUUAUAAAUUAUAUUUCAAAUCAAAAAAAAAAGAUUAAGAUUAUCCCUUUGUUUCGCUUUUAUCUGUUUCGCUUCUUUACAAAUCUUUCAACUUUUAAUAUAUUUAUUUUUAUUAUUAUUAAACAGAACAAUUAUUAUUCCUUUGGGUGCAUUGGAUUUUAAGUCAACAUGAGUCCUUUUUAUUGUUUUUGUUUUGUUUUGUUCUUAAAAAUUGUAUAUGAAGGGAACAAAAAAUAUUAAAAGUCGAAAUGCUGUAAAACUCAAAAAAGUUAAAAUUAUAUAUUAAAAAAAACAAUAUGUAUAAAUCCUCAAAAUAAAAAGGAAUAUAGAGCAAUUAACUCGAAAUAAUCCUAAAUUUUGUAAUAAACAACAAAACAAUAGUUUAAUAUUAUAAAUUAACACAUAUUUAACGAUAGCUUUGGGUACCCCUUCCCACUAAAAAAUAAAUAAAAAUACUAUGUAGCCUCAUCAAUAAUGGUAGUCUGUUCUAGAAAAAAAAUUGUUGUUUUCUAUUGUUAAAUUAAAUUGUGUCUAAAACAAAUAUAAUUAUAUUUAUGCUCUCAAUAAAUACUUGUUAAGUAUAAUAUAUCUAUUUAGUAGGUUAUUUGUUUUUAAUGUUUUAAAUGUGUAAAAACUAUAACAAUAUAAUUAUAACACAACUACUACUACUACUAAAACUCUUAACUCUAAUAUUAUGUAUAUUUGAUGUUACGAGAAGUUAUGGAUUAAACAAAAAAAUAUCCGCACACACCACCUUGUACACUAAUUCAUUAAAGUCUUUAUUAUAAUUGUGUACCAGCAAUAAGAUGGCUAAAAACAAAAACUGCAAUAUGUCAUCAUCAAAUAAAUUACUGCCUUUUCAUAUUUGUUUUCCUUGAUUGCCCUUAGAGGGCAAAUCUUUGUAAAGAGAUUUAUUUUUAUUUAAUGAAAAAAAAAAAAAGAAGAAACCUUUUUUAUAAUCUGAAAAUAUUUAUCAAAUGUUAUGUUUGUUUUCCUUGAAUAAUGUAAUAUUUUUGUUGAUUACUUAUUCAAAACAUGUGAAAUAAAAAAAGUCCAAAGAAACAUUUUAUAGCUUUUAAUCAAGAAUUGUUUGUAGAAAAAAAAAGAAUUAUAAUAAAUAACAAAAUUAAACUAAAA